UUGUAGCAACACAAAAUAAGACUCUACUUUCAUGCAGUUUUCUAACUAGUAACUAUACCAACCAUCAAAAUGAAUGCAAACAAAGCAAACACGAGUCAUUCAUUGCUAAUUCCCCCGUCAAUAUUUCAGGAGACGACGUCGUGUAGCCCGGGCUUCUUCGGCGACUGCACCCACCCAGAGGUCCAGGGUUCGGCCGGACGUAACCUGACGAGCGAAGUGGCACCAGUCGAAAGCUUCCAGAACGUCCCUAUCUUCCAGAAGAUCAAAGAAACACAACAAGACGACCCGAGGGACUACCCGGAGCCCUUCAUCCAGCAUUUUGACCCCGCCCUCGACCUCGAUUACGAUUAUGAGUAUUAUGACUCUGAUGUCGUCGAUGCCGAGCCGUCGGCCUCUAACCUGGCGAUGCGAAACAACCAGAUCAAGCGCUCGCCGGCAACGACAUGGGGCAACAGCAUGACCUCGGCAUUGUCUGCUGUGGCUUCGCUCGCCAACAUUCCGUUUGACAAUCCCUCCAGUGCUACAGACAACGGUUUAAAGCGCAUCGAAACGAAACAUGAGCCCGUUGAUCGGGCGUUUAUUGCUCGCCCUCCACGCAGGAGGCCUUCCCCUCAAAGGAAGGCCAGUGGCAGCAACGGCUUCUUCCAGAUUCCCUUCUUCCAGGGUGCUCCCAAGAAGAGCAUUGGUCCAGCAGUUAAUCAUAUCCCUGGACAUCGCCAAAACUUCAUCCAGUUUCAUCGACCUGUUCAGCAACAUCCACGACCUAAUAUCAACCAUCGUCUAGAGAAGUUCAACCCAAAUCCUGUCCAUCGUCAGCCUGUGGAUGUAUUUGAGCAGGAAGAUCCUUUCCUGCACCAUGAAGAGUCUGUUCGUCAGACAACACCUGACACCUUCAGGCCUUCUUCUCUUAUAACAGACGACCCAGAUGAUUUCCAGCCUGUCACUCCUGCAUCCAAACCACCUUCUACGGCAGCCCGGGAAUCCAAUUUCGCUCGCCCUCAUCGUGAAGCAAACCACCAGACAAGGCCAGGAGGAUCUACAAGCUUCCAGUCAUUUUCGCCAACGGGCCAAACUUUUAGUCAUGCUGGAACUCUCCCACUCCAAGAGCCGUUUGUCGUACCACAGUCAUCUCCCCGUCCGCAGGGUAGCAGCUUCCUGCCAACUCCUAAAUUCCCUAGCUCUGGUAACUUUGUCUUUAACCAACCUCCCAUACACCCUGGAAUCUUUAAUCGACCGUUGUCUCCUGUUACACCUCCACCUGGUUCUGUAUUUAGCCGUCCACCGACACCCCAACAACAUGUGCAAAAUGUCGGCCGUCCAUUUGUUCACCAUCAGCAACCACAAGUAUUCAAUCAUCCACCAACAGUCAACCAGCAGCCACAGACCUUUGCUCGACCACCUGUCUCACCAGUGCAUGGGCAAAGCUUCAGUCUUCAUAAUAACCCACAGUCUUUUGUGCGUCCCACAUUCCCACCUCACUUGCCACCAGCUGUCACUCACACAACUCAACCCCAACAUGAUCAAAUAUUCAUUCAUUCCACAUCUCCCUCUCCUCUUCCUCCUCGUCCUCCUCCUACUCCUCACCGUAUUCAUAAUUUUGGUCAACCAGUCAUUAUUCAUGAGGAAACUAGCUUCAAUCAACCAACAAGUGGCCUUCACUUUGCCCAGCUUCAUAACCCACACGAAAAUGUUCAUAGAUUCAGUAGUUCAACUUUACCACCGUUUAGGUCACCGACGCUGUCACAGCAGGAACGACCAACGCUCUCAGAGCAUCCAGUUCAACCUGCCUUUGUUCAUCCUGAACUACAUGAAGCAGUAACACCUGCUACAAUAUUGUCUAGUACACCAAGUUUUGUCCACCCAGAAAAUCCCUUUGCACCACAGGGAGCCUUCCAUUCACCUCAGCAGUUUGUACCCGAAGAAGACUUUGUUUCACCUGCUGUCCCAACUUCCAUUCCAGCUAUUCAUUCAAUUCCAGGUGUGCCAUCAGCACCUGGAACAUUUGCCUUUUCAAAAGAGAUUCUUAAGGAAUCAGAUCAACCUGCUGACCAGAUACAACAAGUAGCACCGGCAACAGAAGCACCACUCCCUGAUCAAAGACCAGCAACUAGACGGCGACCUAUUGCAAGCAGACGUCCAGGGCAAGCAGUAAGACGUCCUGGUGCUUCUCAGAGUGCACGUGAUGCAGCAAGAAUAAGGAUAAGAGGCAGAACGACGACUCCCACGCCAACUACAGUUGCUCCACUUAUAACUGGGUUAGAAAAUUCACAGUUCCACAACCAGUUCAUACCAGAAGAUGGAGGCUGGCCAAACAAUCUGCGAUUACAUCAUGAACUAGAGGGAGUGACAAAUACAGAAUUUGAGCCAGAAGAAGAUCACAGACUGGACAAUACUGGAUUUGGAGCCCCAAGUCAGAAUAAUGCCCCUAGUCAAGACUAUGAAGAUCAUAGACUGGGCAAUACUAGAUUUGGAGCCCCAAGUCAGAAUAAUGCCCCUAGUCAAGACUAUGAUGAACACAGAGGUAUUCCAAAAGAAAUUAAUGAAGUAGUUGAAGCCCCUAAAGAUUAUGAAUAUAAUGUACAAGACAGAGUUCCUGAGUAUGUGGACUACCAGGAUUACGAUAAUGUUCCAACAACAACAGCAGCAACAACAACCACUUCUACUACUACUACUACUACUACUACCACUACUACCCCAGCCCCGCAAACAACACCAAGAUUCCGUGGGCCUUUGCUUCGCCGUCGCCCAGGCAUCAGAGAACGUCUGCGUACCCGGACGACGACACCAAAGCCGACUACUGAAGGCCCAGACGAGGAUUAUGUUAAUUCCCCAGAAGUCACAAAUCCUCCCACUCAAGAGAGAACAACAACUCUCAGCCCAUUCAGACAAAGAAUUAGGGACAGACUGAAACGUCUUCGAAGUCAACCCAACAGCAACACGGAAACCACUACACCUCUAACCACCGAGAAGGAUGAGAAUAUUGUGACUUCCCCUGCACCUCCUCCAAGAGUCACAAGAAGACGCUUUGAUCCUGACAGAUAUCAAAGAUUUAGGGAGAUGAUCAGGAAAAGAAACAAAAAUAGAAUAAAAGAGAUCAAUAAUAAGAGUGAAGAAGGUUCAGAUAAUGAGGAUGAUGUAGGAGCCACUGAGAGUCCAAAUACUGAUUUUGAAGUUACAAGGCCUUCUGUACAGAAUCGACAGAUCAAUAGAUUUAGAACGGCAACUGUAGAAUCAACAGAGGAAAAUGUUCUCCUUGUUAGGGAAAUCACAGGAUCAGAUUUAGAGACUCAGGAGACCAGCCAGGAUGUAGUGAAGGAAGAAUUCCCACAAGAAGAAAAUCAAGCCACUGGAGACCCCACAUACGACGAUAAUGCUGAAGAAACAGACAACUCUGCCUAUGAGGAUUAUUCUGCUGAGCCAGAGCAACUGGAGGAGACAAGGCCUGUUGAAUCUCCUGCUCAUGAUGAUGGAAUGUCUGAUAACGAAGGCACUGAGAGGAAAAUAACAAAUCCAAAUUUUAGAGCUCGUUUUCGGGAGUUUCUGAAAAACAGAAGGGACAGAGUUAGUGCACGGUAUAGUACAACACCAUCUCCUGAAGGUGAAGAAGAGAGAGACAUAGGACCACCAAAGGAAGAUGAAGGACAUGUUGAUUUCACUCAUCAGUCUCAAGAAAGCAGAGGGAGGUCAUUUUCAAGUAGAAGCUCAGUUGAAGACUUACCAGAGAAGAGAAGCAUGAGCAUUAAAGAAAAGUUAGAAGAGAUUAGCAGGAAUCGUCAAGAGGCUCGAGCUAAACUUCUUGCAAACAGGGAGCACCUUCGUGGGGAGAGACUGAGUCGUAGGAUUCCAAUUCGGCCUGGAAGCACGAACAAGCUAUUGGGUCCUCAGAAAGACGAGACAACUAGUGACUCCGAGAUUAAUGACAAGGAAACUACACCUGAAAGUUUAGCAGGUUUCCAAUCCGUUGAAAUCACACAAGAUAAAACCAGAGAAAUCUUUGCUGAAGAAAAUGCUCAUGAUGGGUCAUCUGAGGUGCCUUCUGCCAGACCUCUUGUUCAGGUUCGAACAAAUGAAAACAGAUUUAUACCAUCCAUUGGCAAACCACUAACAGUGUUCAAAUCACAAGAAGCACCAGAGGAGGACGAACCCGUGAUUAUUACAGCUCCGCCUCCAAUUGAAGACGGUGAUGUUGUAAUGUCGGUAAGAGUUUCUGCCAAUCUGGGCGGAUCACCAAGUAAAAGCAGCAUUGAAGAGGGGAGGGAGGCGACUCUCGCUGCAGACUCUGAUGUAACUUACUCAUCCGAUCAGGUUGAGCAGGAGGAGUCGGAGGAUGAGGAUCUAAGCCUGGCCCAGUCUAAGAUUCAGGAGGUGACUUUUGAGCAGUCAGACGAAAAAUCACGCGGUAUUCAGGCAGAUCAUUCUUUGGAAUCGGAACAAGAAGUAUCAACUAGUACAACAUCAGUACCAGAUUACAUAACUUCGGUUCCCUUAACAACCACUUCCUCAGCAGCCCCAGAAUACAGAACAGAACCUUCAACCACCACUACUUCGGCAGCCCCAGAAUUCAGAACAACAGGACCCUCAACCACCACUUCUUCAGCAUUACCUUCACUUAUACCUUUGGCAUCGACGCCGUCAAUGACCAGGCCAUCGGAGGAAGAGGAGAGCGACUCCGACAGCCUGUCCAAGCCAUCCGUGCCAAGGGUUUCGAAACCAACGUUCCAGCUGCGACCGGCGGGGCACAAGAGGGAGGACGACCACGUGGCCAUCUCUGCGUCAGACUACAGCGGGGAGGACACUGUGGUCACGCCUGUGCCCUUCUUCACCAUCACCAUGUCCACGGAUGAGCCCAUGUUGCCCCUCGAAAGGUUGAUGCCCUUCUUCGGGAGACAGUGAGAGCGGUUCCUUUAGUAUUUAUAUUGUAAUAUUACGUAUCAAAUAAGACGAGAGAAGGUGUGUCUGUCUGCGUGUGUGUGAGCGAGCGAAUAGAACAUGAAUAAUAACAGUAAGGAAAAUUCGUAUCUUCCAUACACAUAUACUGUGUGUGUUUUAGUUUUGGCGUGUAUGUACACGCUCUCGUGCACAUGUACCCUUGUGUGGUUAGGGUUCAACAGGCGCUUCCAUUUUUUGACACGAUUGUUGUUUUACUCAGAUAUUUUGUACAUAUUUUUCUAUAAACCUAGAGAUUACCCAAAUAAUUUACAUGUGUUGCUAUUACUCUCUUCAGCAUAAAGGGAAAAAAUGAACUCAAGCACCUACAUCUAUACGUUUAGAUCCCCUUCCCUCUAAAAUUCUACCAUGUUUUUCUCUCUGAACAUGUAUAGUACUAUGUAAAUGAUGUGAUAUAACAAAUUCCAGAAUAAUCCUAAGAAACAAAGUUUUACCGGGUGUGGAAAAGUUCACCUAGAUUUAAAACUAGAGUUCUUUAAUCUGAUCAUUCUCUGUGCAAAUAAUAUGUGCCUUUUUGUAUAUACAAACCGUUGACCAGUAUAUUUAUCUUCUAUAUUUAUUUUUUUGUGCUGUGGUCAAACUGUACAAAUAAAUGUACUAAAAUAUA